CAGGCCAUGUGUCCUCUUUCAUAGCGUGAGCCCUCUUUCAUACGAAUUCUUGGCCACAAAAGUUGUUUGUUGAUCCUUUGUCCUCGAUUUCAGCUUCUUCUCUGGCCAUCAUCGCAAAGAGAGCAUCAUCUCGGCAACACAUGCAUUGCGUCAUGGCGCUGUGAAACACUGAGCAGCUAUACAACACACCAACCAAGCUCACCCUCACCAAGCUCACUUUAUCAAGACCUUCCACCGAACAAUCUCAUCGCCAUGCUUCUCGAAACUCUCCUCCUCACCCUCACCCUCCCCUUCCUCACCCUCGCCGCCCGCCCUAAGAACGCAAUCCUCCUCUCCGAAGUCCGCACCCUCACCCUCCGCGGCAAUGGCGCAAAAACCACCGCCCGCCGCGUCGCCGCCGUGCCCCAGCUCAAAUGCAUUUCUUCAAAGGCCGUCUGCGACCUCUUCCAAAUCGACGUCAUGCGCUGCACCAAUCAGGGCUCCUCGUACGGCGCAGAAGACAUCGAAUGGAGCUGCAGCGCCUCCCUACCCGAGGAGUUCAAGCUAGGCAGCACGGACGUCAUCUGCGAAGGCUACGCUUCGUCUGAUGAUCCCUAUGUGUUGAAGGGCAGCUGUGGCGUCGAGUACAGGCUGAUAUUAACGGACAAGGGCGAGAAGCGGUAUCCCGACGUGGCUAAUCCGAAUGGUCGAUGGUUCAGUGAUGGUGAAGGAGGUACCGACCUGGGCGCAUGGCUAUUUGCAAUUAUUUUCUUUACCGUUCUCGGGUGGAUUGUGUAUUCAGCAUGGCGUAACGGGAGCAACCAAGGACAGAGACCUCCGAGAAGAGGCGGAUAUGGAGGCGGAGGUGGUGGUGGCGGCGGCGGUUGGGGUCCAGGCUGGGGCCCAGGAAACGAUCCACCACCGCCUUAUCCAGGUACGAAGCCUGAUGAAACCCAGCAAGGAUGGAGGCCUGGAUUUUGGAGCGGUCUUGCUGGAGGAGCAGCUGCUGGCUACAUGGCGGGAAAUCGAAACAACCGGCGGGAAGACAGGUAUCCUUCCCGGGGAUGGGGUGCCGGUCCAUCUGGGUCACAGUCUUCCUCAUUUGGCUCUGGCUCGAGCUCGGCCUCAAACUCGUCCAGAUAUGAGAGCACAGGUUUUGGUUCGACACGGCGCAGGUAAGGUGGUCAUCUGAAAUGUCACAGUUGGGUUCAGUGCCAGCACGGUAGUCACAAAAUGAAAGAAGAAUAAAGGCAUAUAUGGGUCAGAAUGACGCAAAGCUUGCGGCUUCUCUCUUAUCCAACCC